UUGCUGCUUGCUUACAUAGUUACAUUUUACUCUCGUCUCAUCUUCGUCUUCGUCUUCGUCUUCACUUCUCUGUCGCAUUUAGCUUUAAUAAAAGCAGGCCCUCACCGUACUACUAACAAAGCCCGUAGUCAAACACUGUACUAUCUUCAUUUCAUUUCUCUCUCUCUCUCUCUCUUGUUGAAGCCUGAUCCGGUUCAGGAUUGACUUCAAUCCUUCCGCUCCGGUACUGCCAGCUUGAUUUCAGUUGCGUUAUAAUUUAGCGGUUAGAAACAUGAGCUGGAGGAAGUGAAGUAAUUUCUCUGCAAUUUGUACGGUACACAAGAAAUAUUAGGAGUUCGAUAUGUCUCAGUCAGGAUAUGAUAUAAAUGCUUUGUUUCAAGAAGCACAAAUGCGAUGGUUAAAGCCAGCAGAAGUUCAAUUUAUAUUGCAAAAUCAUGAAAAGUACCAGCUUAACCAGGAGCCACCUCAAAAGCCAACUAGUGGAUCUUUGUUUCUUUUCAACAAAAGAGUGCUCAGGUUUUUUCGUAGAGAUGGUCAUAAUUGGCGUAAAAAGAAGGAUGGACGAGCUGUUGGUGAAGCACAUGAAAGACUUAAGGUUGGAAAUGUUGAAGCAUUAAAUUGUUAUUAUGCACAUGGAGAACAAAACCCAAAUUUCCAGAGACGUAGCUACUGGAUGCUGGACCCGGCAUAUGAGCAUAUUGUUCUCGUUCACUAUAGAGAGAUUAGUGAGGGAAAGUCCACUCCUGGAUCUGCUGCACAGUUAUCACCUUCUUCUUUCUCUCCAAGUCCGUCAUCUUAUACUACACAGAAUCAAGAUUCUACCUCCAUAUUUAGUGAUUCACAUGACCCAUAUCAUAAUUCAUCUAGUCCAGGCUCUGUAGAAGUUAGUUCGGGGAUAGUCAUCCAGGAUGAUGGAUUAAUCUCCAUAGAAGAAUUGACUAGUUCUAGAGAGAAUGAGAAUAGUCAAUUUUUUAGAAGACUGGAGGAGCAAUUGAGUUUGAAUGAGGACAGCAUCAAUGAUGUUCCUCUAGACUACAAUCAGGAAGGAGCUGUAGAAGAUCUGGAACUUCUGGCAUAUGAAGGACAGUUCUCCAAGAAAAGUCUCUCUUCAAAUUUGCUGCCUGGAUCAGAAUAUAUUGCAAAUAAUCAAGGUUAUGGCGGACAUGCCAGGAUGCAGCUACAGACCAACAGUCUUGUUCACCAUGAGGAUGCAGGUGAAAUUGGCUCCUUCCAUCAGUCAUUUUCACAGGAGCAUGCAGAUGGAAGUAAAGAGUCUAUCUCUUGGAAUGAUGUCCUGGAAUUUCAGGAAAAGCCCCAUCCUUCUUUGAGAGAACCAGCUGAAGAACUUGAGUACUCUCGUUGGCUAAAUUUCAAUGGAAAUAAUGGCAGCAAUUCUUCUACCUUGCUAACUCAAGAAGUCGAGAAUUUUGACAUUCCUGCUUACUCUUCAAUCUCGGAAACCUAUGAUACCAAUCCUGAAUAUUAUUCAGUGCUAUAUGACCAAGGCCAGCUUGAAGUGCCGAUUGAAGCAGAUUCAAGUCUUACAGUUGCACAACAGCAGAAAUUCAGAAUCUGUGAAAUAUCCCCAGAAUGGGGCUAUAACACUGAGGUUACAAAGGUCAUCAUUAUUGGAUCUUUUCUCUGUGAUCCAUCAGAAUCUGCAUGGACAUGCAUGUUUGGUAAUAUUGAGGUUCCUGUUGAAAUCAUUCAAGAAGGUGUUCUCCGCUGCGAAGCCCCUCCCCACCUUCCAGGGAAGGUCACUUUCUGCAUUACUAUUGGCAAUCGAGAGUCCUGCAGUGAGAUUAGAGAAUUUGAAUAUCGUUCUAAGAAUGGCAGUUGUGCACAUUGCAACUCCCAAAUGGAAGUAGCCAAGAGUCCUGAAGAAUUAUUGUUACUUGUCAGAUUUGUGCAAAUGCUUCUGUCUGAUUCCUCUUUGCUCAAAGAAGACAGCAUAGAAACAGGAAUUGAUCUACUGAGAAAAUUAAAAACAGAUGAUGAUUCAUGGGGUAGCGUGAUAGAGGCUCUAUUAGUCGGCAAUGGAACUUCAUCUGGCACUGUUGAUUGGCUUUUGCAACAGCUUCUAAAAGACAAAUUGCAGCAGUGGUUUUCUUCCAAGUCCCAAGAUAUUCAAAAUCGACCUAGCUGCCCCUUGUCCAAGAAAGAGCAGGGGAUCAUACACAUGGUUGCUGGGUUGGGCUUCGAGUGGGCCUUGAGCCCAAUUCUCAGUCAUGGAGUCAGUAUAGAUUUUCGUGACAUUAAUGGAUGGACUGCUCUUCAUUGGGCUGCUCGUUUUGGAAGGGAAAAAAUGGUUGCAGCCCUUUUAGCUUCUGGUGCAUCAGCUGGGGCUGUUACAGAUCCCACUUCACAAGAUCCAAUUGGAAAAACACCAGCAUCUAUUGCUGCCAAUAACGGGUAUAAGGGGCUUGCAGGUUAUCUGUCAGAGUUGGCACUAACUAGUCAUCUUUCAUCCCUUACACUAGAAGAAAGUGAGCUAUCUAAAGGAUCUGCUCAGGUUGAAGCUGAGAGGACUGUAGAUAGCAUUGCAAAGGGGAGCUUCGCUGCCAACGAAGACCAAGUUUCACUUAAAGAUACCUUGGCUGCUGUCCGGAAUGCAGCUCAGGCUGCUGCACGAAUACAAUCAGCUUUCAGAGCACAUUCUUUUAGGAAGCGGCAAGAGAAAGAAGCUGCUGUCUCUGCUAAUUGUAUUGAUGAAUAUGGAGUCAACAUUGGUGAUAUUCAAGGGCUUUCUGCUGUGUCAAAGCUGGCUUUUCGCAAUGCACGCGAUUACAACUCAGCAGCUUUAUCUAUUCAGAAGAAGUAUAGAGGAUGGAAAGGUCGCAAAGAUUUCCUAGCAUUUCGACAGAAAGUUGUGAAGAUACAGGCACAUGUGAGAGGCUAUCAAGUUAGGAAGCACUACAAGGUAAUCUGUUGGGCUGUUGGAAUUCUAGAUAAGGUUGUGCUUCGAUGGAGACGCAAAGGAGUUGGUCUGCGAGGUUUCAGAAAUGAGACAGAACAUGUUGAUGAAAGUGAAGAUGAAGAUAUUCUCAAGGUAUUCCGCAAACAAAAAGUUGAUGGAGCUAUUGAUGAGGCUGUCUCACGUGUGCUGUCAAUGGUUGAUUCUCCUGAUGCACGUCAGCAAUAUCAUCGGAUGCUUGAACGCUACCGUCUAGCAAAAGCUGAACUUGGUGAGACAAGUGAAGCAGUAGGAUCAGGCUCUGCGGCCAAUAUGGAGAAUGACAAUAUAUACUAUUUAGAGUAGGAGCAGCUCCUAACUUGCUGACUCGUGUUUCAUCUCCUUGACCAGUCUUAGGUUGCCUGGUAAAACAUGGUUUUCGUAGUGUCCUUACUCAGUUUGUGUAUAAUGCCCUAUACUCACCGCUAGUUUUCAGUUGUUAGGAAUGAUUGCACAUAAUCCCAUAUCCUUUCUGUAAAUUAUUGUAAUUACUUAAAAGUGUUUCCUAUGAAUCUGGCACAGUUUUUAUUAA